AUGCCUACACCACCAAAGCAGCGAAAAAUCGCCAUAGUCGGUAGUCGCUCUGUUGGAAAAUCUUCCCUUACUGUGCGCUUCGUCGAUCAUCAUUUCGUGGAGAGUUAUUACCCAACGAUAGAAAAUACGUUCAGUCGAAUUAUAAAGCAUAAAGGUCAAGAUUUCGCAACGGAAAUCGUUGACACCGCUGGCCAGGAUGAGUACAGUAUCCUGAAUUCAAAGCAUUUCAUUGGAAUUCAUGGAUAUAUGAUUGUGUAUUCCGUGGCAUCUCGCCAGUCUUUUGAUAUGGUCAACGUGAUCAGGGAUAAGAUUUUGAAUCAUCUUGGCGCAGAUUGGGUACCACUUGUAAUUGUUGGAAAUAAAAGCGAUCUAAAGGCUGAUCAGCGUCAAGUCACAUUAGAGGAAGGCCGCCAACUGAGCCAACAGUUUGAUUGUGCUUUCACAGAGGCCAGUGCUCGCCUGGACUAUAAUGUUGCGAAAUCUUUCGAUUUAAUCAUCGGUGAAAUCGAAAAGUCCCAGAAUCCCUCUCAACCGACGGGAGAUAGUAAGUGCCAUGUUAUGUAA